AUGACCUCUGAUAAGACGCCUAUCUUCAUCACUGGCGCCACUGGCUACAUCGGGGGCGCUGUCCUCGAGCGCCUCCUCAAGCAUCCUAGUGCAAGCACGUUCGAUAUCACCGCCAUCGUGCGUAAUGAGGAGAAAGCGAAGAUCCUAGAGUCCCAGUUUCCCGUCAAGGUCGUUCGCGGAACUCAUCAGGAUUUUGACAAGCUUGAGACUCUAGCAGAAGAUGCUCAUGUCGUAUUCCAUUGCGCUGACUCCGACGACGUGCCACUCGCAAAAGCCCUCCUGAGCGGUCUCAGAAAGAGGCACGCGAACACCGGCGACCUUCCCAUUCUUAUACACACGUCCGGCGCAAGCGUCGUGACUGAUGAUGCGCGGGGCGAAUACGCGGCGGGGACCGUCUACUCCGACCUCGACCUCGAGCUGCUCAAGUCGAUCCCUGCAACCAACUUGCAUCGCAAUGUCGACCUCCUUGUUUUGGAGGCAGACACGCAGGGCUACACGCGCUCGCACAUCGUGUUCCCAUCAACCAUCUAUGGCAUCGCAGAAGGAGCGCUCUUCGAUGCGGGCGUAUCAAACCGGCAUUCCAUUCAGAUUCCGUACCUCAUCAAGGCUGCGCUAGCCCGCAAACAAGCAGGCAUGGUCGGCAGGGGCCAGGCUCGCUGGCCCAAUGUCCACAUCGACGAUGUCGCCGAUCUGUACAUCGUGCUCUUCGACGCCAUCGUGAGUGGUACAAGCGGACACGGCUGGGAGGGCUUCUACUUUGGCGAGAACGGCGAGCACAGCUGGUACCAGAUCAGCCGCGCUAUCGGCGACGCGCUUGUUGCGCUCCGCAUCUCGCAGGACCCCGAGCCCACCGCGUUUACCGUCGAGGAACUGGUGAAGUACUGCGGCGGAGAGUCUCUGUCUCGCUAUUACAGCGGUUCGAACUCGCGCCUGAAGGGGGAUAGGGGGCGUGCGAUUGGAUGGAAGCCGAAGUUCACGAUCGAGGACUUGCUGAAGAGCAUCAGGCCAGAGGUGGAGGUACUCGUUCAACAGCAGUAG